AUGACUACUGAAAUCGAAGAGUUAUGUCAGAAACUGACUCACGCGUUCGAAGAACAGAAAGAUGACCCCGUCUCAUUAGUUACAGUGAUAGAUCUAUACGCAUCUCAUAUUAACUCACAUAUGACACUUCAAGAGAAAGAAAGUUUUUUACAGACAAUACACGAUGGGUUGUCCGAUCAUAUCAUCGAACAAAUAGGUUGGGAUUUGCCAAAGACUCUGUUAGAUUUCAUCUCUGCAGAAAACCUUAAAACUGAGGAUCAAUUAUCAAAGAGCCCUAUUCUGCUGACUGUGGCAAAAUGUUUUAAUAAGAUUGCUAUUAACGGGAACUCUAAGGAAUGCUUGCUGGCGGCCUGUGAAUCGUUGUCUGAUUUGAAAAUAGCCCCUGGCGAAGAAGCCGAUGAAGUUUUGAAAUCUGAAUCUCAUCUAUUGAGUGAUUUGAAACUCGAUGAUUCGAAAGAGAAUCAAAAUGAUACUAAGACUGAUGUUGAGAAACUUAAUGAUUCUAUAUACAAUGCCGAUGAACCUCUAAAGUACGAGGAUGAAACCGUUCCGGAUAUAAAGAUCCAUUUCUUGUUUGAAAUGAUAAUUACUUGUAGUAGAAGAUUGGAAACACCUUAUCCGUCGAAAUUCCUAGCUGAAGUGGUAAUGGCAAUCAGUAACUUUAUGAGAAAUAAUAUCAAAUUAAUGAAUGAACCAAUUUUUUUCUUGAAACGAGUAUAUCAAUAUAUUGUUAGUUAUAACAAAAUACAACAUGAUAGGACUACUAAGUUCAAGGAUCAAAAUAUCGGUGAUGAUGAUCCACAGGCCAAAAUUUUUAAAGAUGAACUUUAUUUGGAAAAUAAAUUGAUUUCUCAUCUGAUCACUCAUACUUUAGCUCAAUGUUUGAAAGAAACAUUUUUCCCAUUUGAUUUCUACUACUUUAUGGAAUUAGAAGGAACAGGUAUUUUAGACAAAAAGAUUGAUUUGACUGAUAUUCUUUCAAAAUUCUAUUUACUGACUUUACUUUAUGAUAUUGAUUUAGUUCAAGAAUUUAAAAAUUAUGCCACCGAAUCCAAAAAUAUUUAUGAUAGAACUUUUCAAAAAUUGAAUGAAUCGGAGGAUAAAACUGUAACCAAAAAAUUUAUAGAUUUCUUAUGGAAAGUGGCGUAUAAUUAUACAAUUGAAAAAUCAUUGAAGGAAACUACACUUGUCAUGGACCCAUUAGGGGUUUUGAUUCUUAUUGGGGCAUAUUAUUUGGAAGAAGCAUCAUGUGUUAUCACUGAUUUAAAAAUCACUGAUGCAAUUUAUUCAUAUCUUAGAUAUACCACAACUGCAAAAAAUUCGGAGUUAUAUUAUAAUUCAUCAGCUGAAUGUGCUUUAAAAUAUUGUUUAUGGGUAACAGUUACUCAAAAUUCUACUAAUUCAUUAAGAGAAGAAUUGCAUAAGUUACCAGAACCUAUCUCUCGAAUUUUCUUAGAGUCAUUCUUGAGGAGAAUUUGGGUUUCUCAGGAGAAUCACACAUACAAUAUUUCAUUUAUUGUAUUGAGUCGGUUGCUCUGUUUAUUCCCAGAAUAUAUAUCCUUUGAAUUCAUUAAUAGUUCGUUGGCAUCUUGUCCCGAUAUCACAGCCAGGGGUACUCUUCUGUCGAUCUUAAAAGUAUUGAUGACAAAACCUAUACAGAAUACCGAUUCUUAUCCUAUUCGGUCGCCUACAGAACCAAUCAUUCCCAUUGAGACUUCUUCCAAUGAUAAGACAACCAUAGAUACUCCUGUUGAAGGCCAAAAGGAUAAGAACACUCCACCGAAAUUACCACCUAGGCCUUAUAUCCAAAUGAAUGAUACUACAAUGAACAAAAUAUCAAUAACGUUCGUAUCAACAGUAGAAGAAUAUAAGCAGACCAAGGAAGAUGGGUAUUUUUUAAACUUAAUAUUGGAUUAUAUGAACUUUUUUGUCAGUUUACGUGGUAAUUGUAAUCUUACUGUAUUGACCUGUAUUAGUAAUGCAGUAGACGAUGUCAUUACUGAUCCCCAGGAUCCAAGACCACUGGUUGGAUUUAUCAGACAAGCUAACGAAAUAUUACUACUUCAUACCUCUUCAUUAAAACCAGAAGAAAUUUAA